AUAGCUCAUUUUAUUACUAAUUUUUAUUUUGUUAGGAAUAUUUGAUUAAAUCUAUAAAAAAUAUCUAUAUCCCUCAUAAUGCAUUAUAUAGCUAAGUUGAAAUAAUAAAACUUAACUAUGUGAAAGAAGAAACAACACGUACAGUGAGGUGUUGAAUUCUGUCCAUGAAAUGUCAAUUCUGUAUUUCUGUCAAUGAAAGAAUUUGUUUACAUUUUGUCAAAGUGAAUUUUGUAAGCUUGAAAGCAGUGUAACUCAAACAAAAAUUGCUAUUUAAAGAAACCAAGAACUUUAUGUUACUUUACAAUGAAUUCGCUUCCUUUUAAUUUAGAAGACUACAGAGUUAUUACGGCUCCAGAGACCGCGUACUACAUAUCCGAAUUUAUAUCAGACGUUGAAGAAAAGGCAAUUUUAUCAAGUAUUUACGCAGCACCGAAGCCGAAAUGGACACAACUUUCAAACAGACGAUUGCAGAACUGGGGAGGAAUACCUCACACUAACGGCAUGAUAGCGGAGACAAUACCGCCCUGGCUGGACAAAUACCUAGACAAAAUUCAUAAACUAAAUGUCAUGGAUGGUAAAAGGCCUAACCAUGUGUUAGUAAAUGAGUAUCUGCCAGGACAAGGCAUCAUGCCACAUGUGGACGGAUCUUUAUUUUAUCCUACUAUCACAACAAUAUCGGCAGGUUCCCACAUUGUAUUAAAUUUCCUUGAACCUACUGAAGACAAUACUAUAAACACAAGUCCAGUGUUCUCAUUUUUGCUAGAACCACGAAGUUUGUUAAUUCUGCAGGACAAACUGUACACUCACUACUUGCAUUGUAUAGAGGAAUUGAAGGAGGACUUGUUGGACGGGUCAAUAGUCAACAUAAACAUGUGUUCAGACAAAUAUGUUAGAAAUGCAACAGUAACUAGAGACACAAGAAUAUCACUGACUAUAAGACAUGUGCCAAAAACAAGUUCCUUUAAAAUUCAUCUUGGUAAUAGAAGAUAGAUGCUUAAUAUUUAGACUGAGUUGAAAAUUAAUGUGACAUUUCUAGCAACUAAUGCUACAAAACAGACUGAAAUUAUUUGACUGUGAAUUAUUUUCUGCUUCAAUAGUUUGUUAUAAACAAAUUUUGUUUUCAAAAAUCCUAUGGUAGGACUGGCAGGCAAAAAUAUUGUUUUUUUAUUUGUUACUAAUUCAUUUUGCAAAGCAAUUACAUCCUUAUGCUACACAUAUAUGUAGCUAUCCUUUACACAUGGAGUAAUAAAAUUCCAAAUUCAAACAUUAUUUUUAUACACAAAUCUAGUUGGUUUAUAUUUUUGUAUAAAUAAAUUAAAGUAUGUUUUUACAAAAA